AUGUUCUCGAGUCCAGCAGGAGGCGCAAGCGAGGAAGACAAAUCGGUCAAGUUCACGGGAUGGGCAGCUGUCCCUGGUGGGGACGGUGUUCUUCAGAAAUGGAGUUAUCACCCCCGACCUCUAUCCGCUGACGAGGUUGAGAUUGAGAUCACGCACUGUGGCAUCUGUGGAUCUGACAUCCACUUCAUGACAGAAGGAUGGAGUUCAAUCACACGACCAGCGAUCCCCGGCCACGAGAUCGUCGGUACAGUCGUCAAACGCGGCAAAGACGCAACUCACCAAAUCGGCGAUCGCGUCGGUGUCGGCUGUCUGGUCUCUUGUUGUCGUGGGUCCUCAGUCUGCAAUUGGUGCAGGAAAGGAGAGGACCAGUUUUGUGAGAACAAGACUGUGACGUUUAAUUCGCCCUUCAAGGAUGGGCGUGGGGGCAUCAGUAAGGGUGGGUUUGCGGAUCGUAUCCGCGUUUAUUCUGACUAUGCCUUCAAAAUCCCGAAGGAGAUCUCGUCAGCAGAGGCAGCAUCGUUCUUUUGUGCAGGAAUCACGACUUACACGCCCUUGAAGCGAUACAAAGCGGGACCCAACACCCGCCUCGGUGUCAUCGGUAUCGGAGGAUUGGGCCACAUCGCGUUGCAGUGGGCGGCUGCGAUGGGCUGUCAAGAGAUUGUGGCGAUCUCUGGAAGGGAUAACAAGAAGGACGAGGCCUUCAAACUUGGUGCUACCAAGUUCAUCAACACAAGCGAUAAGGAACAAAUCAAGGAGGCGGCAAAAUCGAUUGACCUGUGCUUGUGCACAAACGGAUCGAGCAACAGCAACUGGGAAGAGUACCUGUCAAUGAUGGCACCCCUUUCACAAUUGGUCCUCUUAGCCAUCCCCGAGGAACCCAUCACCUUUGUUGGUUCCCAUCUGGUCUCUCGGGAUGUCGCUAUCGUCGGAUCCCAUCUCGGAAGCAAGGGCGAUAUUGAGGAGAUGCUAGAGUUUGCUGCGAAACAGGGUAUCCGUCCCUGGAUCGAGAAGCGACCUUUCGAUGAUAUUAACGAGGCAUGCAAGGAUGUUCAUGCAGGCAAGCCACGAUACAGGAUCAUCCUAGAGAUGGACCCCUCUGUCUCCACAGCCACACCCACCUCUUCGUAG